UCAUCUGUUAAUAUUAACCCUAGUAAAUUCCACCCAGGUUUAACUUGGUUUUUCGGAUUCAGCCAUUGAUUGUAAGGAGGAAGCCACCAUGGCUUCGAACACAGUAGAUAACCUUGACUGUAAAAAUGAUGUCUGGAAAUCAUUCAAGACGACAUCUUCAGAUCAAAAGUCAGACCCUGUGGUCGAGUUCAAAUCUCUCGCUCGUAGAGAUGCCUUUGAACGAAUGGACUCUGAAUUGAAGAUUUUACUUGAAACAGCACCAGAAGACAAGAAGGAGGAAGCAUUGAAGAAUAUGAAAGGCUUCAAAGAGUUGUUUGGCAGGUAUCUUGAGGAAGAAGGUCCAUCAGUACUCUGGGACAAAAUCAAACCUCCUCCCGAAGGAUCUAUUGUCAUGUACGAUGCAAUACCAGAGGUUCCAGCAAGCACUUUUAAGGAAGUCCUCAAUAAACUUGUGGUGAUCAAGCUUAAUGGAGGUUUGGGUACAAGUAUGGGAUGUACUGGACCCAAAAGUCUUAUCUCGUUACGUCGGGAUUUAACCUUCCUUGACAUGAAUGUUCAGCAAAUUGAGCAUUUAAACAACAAGUAUGGCUGCUCUGUUCCACUUGUCCUUAUGAAUUCUUUCAACACGCACGAAGAGACUCAGAAGACCUUGAGGAAGUACAAAGCAAAUAAUGUUCAAAUUCACUGCUUUAAUCAGAGCCAACAUCCCCGCAUUGUAAAGGAGUCUCUGCUCCCCUUACCUAGACUCAUAGGAGCUCAGAAAAAUGAGUCAAAUAUUGAAUGCUGGUACCCUCCAGGUCAUGGGGAUAUUUAUGGCUCAUUCUACAACUCUGGUCUUGUCCAAAAAUUCAUUGAUGAUGGCAAAGAGUUUAUAUUUGUGUCAAAUAUUGACAACUUAGGAGCCACUGUGGAUGUAAAUAUUUUAAAUUACAUGUUAAAUCCUUCGCGAUCACCAGCUCCUGAGUUUGUCAUGGAAGUCACUGAUAAAACACGGGCUGAUGUAAAGGGAGGAACCCUCAUAGAAUAUGAAGGAAAACAAAGACUUUUAGAAAUUGCACAAGUUCCUAAAGAACAUGGAACAGUUAUAAUCAUAGCCAAUCAUGGGGAAAGGAUUGAUAUUCCUUCAGGUUCACUUUUAGAAAACAAGAUUGUUUCUGGAAAUCUGAGAAUUUUACAGCAUUAACAAACAGGAAAAAAGCUUAUUACGUAUUUUAUCAGUUACCGAUAAUGUUGACUGUGAUUUUUCUCGUGAUAUUAAUCGUAAAAAAUAUUUAGCCUGUGUUUAACUGUCAGUUGAAGUAAACGAGCGAGGAAAUGAGCGCGCGAAAAAUGGCCAGCAAGCUGAUGCGACGGUGGUGUUGUCAGGGAAACGACUGUGUCGCAGUUUUUUCGCGCGCCCUAUUUUUCGCUCGUCUCCAAUGAGCCUGGGAUAGACUGAAAAAUAUUUCGUCUGACUCGUGACGCUACAGGUGCGAUUGCGUGAUGCCGUAUAAGGAGUAACGUUUUCUGCACUGUGUUAUGAAGUGUGGUUUGUAAUUGUUAGUCAGUGUCUAGUUCACGUAAUUAUGGUUAAAUAUUGAUUGUAGCAGUUUAUUUAAGGUUUCUAGCAACUGUUGUAAAACAACAUAUGACCAAAAUAUCGAGUGCAUUGACGUUUUCAACAUUACCUUUAAAUAUCCUUUCAAGGCGGGUUAUGAUACGGAGUAACACUAGUUAUUACAGUGAUCAGGGCAAUCAUAGUUGCUUCAUUUAGGUACCUUCAACACUUGCUAGUUUGCAUGCCUAGCGGUGAUCUGCUCUAAUUUUUUCCACCUUUUACAAACAGCGAUAAGAUUCAGAACAAGAUCACGAACAACAUUCUUGUUUCUUUUUUUUACCUCGAUAUCAAGUCAAGCUCGUUAGUUUUGACCCUUAAAAACCAUGACACAAGGAGAGGACAAAAUUUGCUUUGUGAGGAAAAAUUAUUACUUAAACUGUAGCUGUUGCAUGAAGCCCAUUCCCUCUCAUUUCACCUCAUGUCCUCAAUACAUUUAGAGGACGAGGCAGAAUUUGGCAAGAAUUUCACCCUUUCUGUACGUAUCUCCAGUCGAUAACUUUCUCUCGAUUAAAGCUUACAUCGGCAAAAUCUUGGGACCUUGAAUGUACAUGGAAAUCACAUAAAUUGUGAACAAAUUUCCUACAAAUGGUAGUAGUGAUAAUAUAUUUAAGCACACUACUUUAUUUCUCUGCUUUUGAGAAGAUGUAGGCAAGUACUUAGCUCGGAAUUUGGGAAUACAAUAAAGUUUAUAAGUUCAUGUACA